UCUCAUAUCAAGUUAAGAAAGCAAUCACUGUUAGCAAAAAGAAAACAAAACAAUCCCAUUUUAGGGUAACUUGGAAUAUAAAGUUUGAGAUGAACCGGGUUGCGUUGAGGUCCGUGAUCGGAGGUCUGCGCGGUGGCCGGAGCUGGAGCCAGUACAUUUCUCCUGCUGCUGCUAGGAAUGUUGAGUUUCAGCGGAGGAGGACGAUGAGCACGGGGUCGGCUUCAGCUGAGAAAGAGCAGGAGGGUGAAGUGAAGAAAGUGGAUGAUAGCAUGGUGGUUUCUAAUUACUGGGGGAUUACGAGGCCCAAGAUUACUAGGGAGGAUGGAACUGAGUGGCCGUGGAAUUGCUUCAGGCCAUGGGAGAGUUAUCAAGCAGACACCUCGAUCGAUCUGAGCAAGCGCCAUGUCCCCAAGACGUUUCAGGACAAAAUUGCGUUCAAGACUGUCAAGUUUCUUCGAGUUCUUUCAGAUCUUUACUUCAAGGAGAGGCAUGGUUGCCACGCAAUGAUGUUGGAAACUAUCGCAGCUGUCCCUGGCAUGGUGGGAGGAAUGGUGCUGCACUUAAGAUCUCUUCGCAAGUUUGAGCACAGUGGCGGUUGGAUCAAAGCUUUGCUUGAAGAAGCAGAGAAUGAGAGGAUGCACCUUAUGACAGUAGUGGAACUUGUGGAGCCGGUGUGGCACGAGAGGCUAUUGGUUCUGGCUGCACAGGGAGUCUUCUUCAACGCCUUCUUUGUGUUCUAUCUGCUUUCCCCCAGAACGGCUCAUAGGUUUACUGGAUAUUUGGAGGAGGAAGCUGUCACCUCUUACACAGAUUAUUUGAAGGCUAUUCAAGAUGGCAAAAUUGAAAAUGUGCCGGCUCCUGCAAUAGCCAUCGACUACUGGAGGCUACCUAAAGAUGCAACACUUCUUGAUGUUAUUACUGUCAUUCGCGCUGAUGAAGCACAUCAUCGGGAUGUCAAUCAUUUUGCAUCUGAUAUUCAAUUUCAGGGAAAAGAAUUGAGAGAAGCACCGGCUCCCAUUGGUUAUCACUAAAAUUUUAUCAGAUAUAAUUUGUCCCAUCUUGUAUAUGAUCUAUGAAGUCUAUGAUGCAUGUACACGCAAAUUGUUACCAAACUAGAUAUAAGAGUGUAAUAUGUAAGCAAUUAAUCUUAAUUUCAUUUGAUUUUAUCUCA